CGGGGUGGUUUCUUGUUAGUCAUGACCUCUUGCAACAAUUUCCAACUAUUUAGGAACUCCAAAAAUCCGACAGCUUUCGUAGCUGACCUACCUACAGUUUUGCCCGGUAGCUGGCUGGCUUCUUACAAAUUUGUUAGUAGGUGAGGCCGGUGAAGACUUCCUCCCCAACUCAGCCCCUCUCCGCUCCGGCGGACAAAUCGCCACAUUUACAACCCAACCCUUAAUUUAACGGCCACUCACACACACAUAUAUAUCAGCUCAAGUAGAAAGCUUUGAUGAGAUGGAAUAAUCAAGGAAUAACUGACAAACAAACAAUGGCAGAUCAUCAGAAAAUUCAUCCGGUGGCUGCAGACGCGGGACGCGCUCGGCCAUCGCAGCCCCUACUGCCACGCGGUUUGUCAGUCUCGGGAAAAGGUGACCCUGCAGCGGCGCCGAACAAGAAGAAGAGAAGCUGUUGCUGCAAAUGUGUGUGCUGGACAAUCACCCUCCUUGUCCUGAUACUGAUACUUCUAGGCACCACUGGAGGGAUUCUUUACCUGGUUUUCCAGCCAAAGCUUCCCAAUUACUCAGUAGACAGCCUCCGAAUAUCCGAGCUACGGCUCAACCUCGACAUGAGCCUGUACGCCAAGUUCAACGUGAGGAUCACGGCCACCAACCCAAACAAAAAGAUCGGAAUUUACUACCAGAAGGGGAGCUCGCUGGGAGUCUGGUACUCGGAGACUGAGCUCUGCCGGGGAUCGCUGCCAAGAUUCUACCAAGGUCACUGGAACACGACUGUGCUGAACGUGGCCUUAACGGGUCAGAAUCAGUACGGAAGAACGUUGAUGGCAGCGUUGCAGGAGCAGCAGCAGACCGGGAGAAUACCGUUGGAUCUGAAGGUGGAUGUGCCAGUGAGAGUCGAACUUGGGAAGAUGAAGUUGAGGAAGGUGAGGAUCAUCGGCGGUUGCUUGCUCAUGGUGGAUAGCCUGUCUGCAAACAAUCUGAUCAGCAUAAAAGCCAGUUCCUGCAACUUCAGGGUCAAACUCUAAAUUUAAUCAGUUAGUAAUUUGAUUCAUAUAGAACCUAUCUUGAUUCUUCUUCUUUCUGAGUCGAAGCUUGCCAUAGAUGGAGAAACCAAAAACCAACCCGAAAGAAAAGAGAACAGAGCUCAAGGAUUUCAAGUAAACAGAACAUAAAUGAAUUAAAGGCUUGCUUUUUCCUUUGAUAGCGAACAGACAAAAACACUAUCUUUUCCAGCUUAUAAUACAUAUAGAUAUAUAGUUGUUUUUCUUUCCCUUCUGGAAUGUCACAAAAAGGUUCUGCAUGCUUGUAGAACGACAGAAGCAAAACAAAUGUCCAUCCCGUUGUAGUUUCCCGGCACCAACCAGCCGCGAUAAUAUUUGCGGGCAACAAGGCAGGGGAUUAAUGCAAAAAGGAGGAUUGGAUGUCAUUAACACAUGCAUUUAAUCCAUAUCGAGGAACUC